GCUGGGAACCUUUCAUCGAACCGUGGACCUGCUUCCUGUCAUGGCAGCAACAGGCUGCCGGUCGCCUUCACCCUCCACGCUUCAAGAUGGAAGUUCGAGCCAAACAAAGGCUGGACAUUAACGUCACUUCUGUCCUGCUGGAACAAUACAACACCACCAAGAGAUCCUGGAUAGCUGACUAUUGCAAGGAGGAUAAACAGAUUGCCAGUACCCCCACUCUGCCCUGGAUAGGCUCAUCUGUUGACCCACCCAGUUUUGGACAGAAGUGGCACUGUCUCACAGCAGUAGUGCAGGCUUCAUCGCUGACGUCGACAGCUCAGGAAAUGAUGAUGCCCACAAUGUCAGUCACUGGAGAGAAGUGCUGCCCGGGGAAGAGAUUCCUUUUGAGUUUGAARCCCGUGAGAAACUUCGCCACCGACACACUCAUGAGCUGAAACUUCACCAGCUGCUGGUCCGUGUGUGUGGAUGGGAGCAAGUCAAGCCAGUAUCUGUGGACAAAGUGGGCAUUUUCUUUCGCUAUGCGACUCCAGACAAAAACAACUCCUCUAAUACUGUUGGCAGCCCUAUUAGCAAGACCAACAUAAUCCACCCUCAUGUUUAUUUCUCUGCCCUGCCUCCUGUCAGGGUGGUUUUUGCCAUUACAAUGGAGGGCAGUGCUAGGAAGGUCGUCACGGUGCGUUCAGCUCUCAUGGUGAAGAACCGGUUGGAUGUUCUGAUGGAGGUCCGACUUGACAGCCCCUCUGCUCCUGACAAACCAGUGGUUCUACCUCCUGUCCCGCCUGGACAAGCCUUUGCCAUUCCCCUACAUCUGACAUCCUGGAGGUUGCAGACUCGACCCAAAGGUAUGGACUUGUUCUUCUGUAAGGUUCCCAUUCACUGGACCACCGUGGAGCAGCCCGGAGAGAUCAGCAGCAGUAGGAGGGAGUGUCAAUCAGCAGACUUUGAUGACAGUCUCAAACCUAACUUCAGGUUUUGUGUGGUCAUUAAAAAGGAGAACUAUCCAGAGCAGCAACCUGCUAAAAAGCAAGUUUCUGGCAGCGCACAGCAGAUCUAUCGACAGCCAGGUCACAUCAUUUAUCUGCUGCCCACCAUGGUACUUGCAAACGUGCUGCCAUGUGACCUGAACUACUACAUCAAAGGAACAACCAUCAAAGGCUCACUGAAACCAGGAAAAGAGGCGGUGCUUCACUACGCUGAUACUUCACAGAACAUGGAGCUGGGAGUGCUGCUGGAGAACUUCCCUAUAUGCAAAGAACUGCUGAUUCCUCCUGGUACUCAGAACUAUGUGGUGCGCAUGAGACUGUAUGACGCCAACAAACGUCUCCUUUGCCUCACUAUCCGCAUCAUCCAGAGAGCACARGGGGCUCUGAAGGUUUUGAUUUCUGCCCCACACUGGCUUAUCAACAAAACCGGUCUGCCAUUAAUUUUCCGUCAGGACAAUGGAAAGGCUGAUGCUGCAGGGCAGUUUGAGGAACACGAACUGGCCAGAAGUCUAAGUCCAUUACUGUUCUCUUACACUGACAAAGAGCAGCCUGCAAUGUGCACAAUGCGUGUUGGAAAAGGUAUCCACCCAGAUGGAGUUCCAGGCUGGUGUCAAGGCUUCUCCCUGGAUGGAGGGAGUGGAGUCAGAGCAGUGAAAGUCAUCCAACAUGGAAAUAGACCUGGCCUCAUCUACAACAUAGGUAUUAGUGUGCGUAAAGGAAAAGGAAACUACAGGGACACUCACAUUGUGACGUUUGCACCUCGUUACUUGCUGGACAACUGCUCUACACAUAAACUGGCCUUCGCUCAGAGAGAGUUUGCAAGAGGAAAGGGUACAUCCAACCCAGAGGGGUACAUUUCCACCUUAUCAGGAUCCAGCGUUGUGUUUCACUGGCCCCGCAAUGAUUAUGACCAGCUGCUCUGCGUGCGCCUCAUGGAUGUCCCCAACUGUACCUGGUCAGGAGGCUUUGAGGUCAACAAACCAAAAUCUUUCCACAUUAAUAUGAGAGACACGAUGGGCAACUGUUUCUUCCUGCGGACAGAGAUCACCCUAAAGGGAGCCACUUAUCAGAUCACCUUCACCGACACUGACCAGCUUCCUCCACCACUCCGCAUUGAUAACAUCUCUGAGGUACCCAUCCAGUUCAGGCAGCAUGGUGUGGCUGAUAUCCGGCUGUACACUGAGGUUAAGUCCAUGUCAGCGCUAGACUACGCCUGUGAUGAGCCUACACUGCCUCCAUAUCUGACACUCAUUGUGAAGGGAGCAGGGUCCUCCGAGGUCACAGCUGACAUGAAUUUCUUCAGGGAAUACAACAAGCUGUAUUACGAGAAUUUCAUCUACAUCGCAGCGACACACACCUUUUUACAAAAGAAUGAGAAUAGACCUGUUGGGCGACAACACCUGGUCAACUGUGCUGAGCUAGUUCUUGAUGUGGACACCAAAACUCAAAGAGUCAUCCUGAGAAAAAAGGAGCCAGGCAAGCGCUCCCAGCUGUGGAGGAUGACUGGGACCGGCCUACUUUGUCACGAAGGUUCAUCUCCGCCCCAGAGUAAGCCAUCACAGCCACGACCUUUGGACUCAUCCUUGGUUCUAGACAUCGCUGGGCUGGCUGCUGUUAGUGACAACAGUUUUGAGCCCUUGAUGCUUCGGAGGCCAGACUCUCGGCGCAGUACCACCCAGACAUGGUACUUCAGCUUAGGCAUGCUGACAUGUGGUCUUCCUCGGCUGGUGGUGCAGGUGAAAGGAGGCAUUGCUGGCUUGUGUGAUGGAGCAGAGGUGGUACUUGGGCCAGAUUCAGGUCUGUUAAAGCCUAGCCCUGCGCAGCAGUUCAUCAACCAGAAAAUGAGACCUGGAUCGGGGGUUCUGUCAGUCCAAGUGCUCCCAGAUGGACCUACACGUGUCCUUCAGAUCAGUGACUUCAAUCAAAGGAGACAAACCCGAAGCUCAGCCAGCCCAGAGCAGGAACAAAACAAAGGAGCUAUAAAAGAGAAAGAGAUCAAACAGGAGCUGGAGGUAGACAACCAGUUACUGGGCACCACCCAGCCUGUGAUGCUCUAUGUGACUCCCAGUUCAGGGGAGAGCGGUGGAAAUGACAGCGGCCCUGCUCUGCAGGUGAACUCAGUCAAGGUUCCCAGCAGGCUGAGUCUUACAGAGCUCUUCAAGGCACUGAAAGGAACUCUGGGCUUUCCUCUGAUUCGCUUUGAAGAUGCUAUCAUCAACAUGUAUCCGUUCACCAGAGUUCACCCCUACGAGACCCAGGAGAUCAUCCUAAACGACAUUCUCAAGCACUUCAGAGAGGAACUGAUGAGCCAGGCUGCUCAGAUCCUUGGCUCUGUUGACUUCCUGGGUAAUCCCAUGGGCCUCUUGAAUGAUGUCACUGAGGGAAUGUCUGAGCUUAUCAAGUAUGGCAAUGUGGGCGGUCUUAUUCGCAAUGUAACUCAUGGUGUAUCCAACUCAGCUGCMAAGUUUGCAGGCACUUUAUCAGAUGGGCUGGGAAAAACUAUGGACAACCGGCACCAGAGUGAGAGGGAAUACAUCCGAUACCAUGGAGCCACCAGUGGAGAGCACCUUGUUGCAGGAAUUCAUGGACUAGCUCAUGGUAUCAUUGGAGGCAUGACRAGCAUCAUCACCUCCACAGUGGAGGGUGUGAAAACAGAAGGGGGUGUCAGUGGCUUCUUCUCAGGCCUGGGCAAAGGUCUGGUGGGCACUGUAACCAAACCUGUUGCUGGAGCUCUGGAUUUUGCGUCAGAGACGGCCCAAACAGUCCGGGACAUGGCCAGUCUCAGUAACCACAGACUCUGCAUGCAGCGCGUCAGGAAGCCUCGCUGCUGUAAGGGUCCGCAGGGUCUGCUGCCUCGAUACUCCUCCACACAGGCAGAGGGUCAGGAGCAGCUCUUCUGCCUCACUGAUAAUAUUCACUCUGAGUUUUUCAUAGCUGUGGAGCCGAUUGAUGGCUACUACGUUCUCAUCUCCUCCAAGGCGGUCUACUUCUUGAAGCAGGGAGACUACGUCGACCGAGAGGGCAUCUUCCUAGAAGUAAAAUACGAUGACCUCUACCACUGUCUGGUGUCCAAGGAUCAUGGCAAGAUCUAUGUGCAGCUCACCAAAAAGGCAGAGAACUCCAGCAGUGGAGUCGCUAUUCCUGGCCCCUCCCACCAGAAACCAAUGGUCCAUGUAAAGAAUGAGAGCCUGGCCAUCAAGAUCUCUCAAGAAAUCAACUAUGCCAAGAGUCUGUACUACGAGCAGCAGCUCAUGCUGCCCACCGUUGAAAAUGAGGACUGCUUGCUGCUGGAAUCUUGAUCAUGAGUUUUUUAAUAGUCUGAAAGGGUUUUCAUAAGACUUGAACAGAAUUAAGGGCACAACUUUCUGACUUUGACAGGAAGUACACACAGAAACGUUGGUGUGUGACUUCCUGAAAUAAUUUGGUUUAAUUGUGUCUAAUAGAAGCGGUGAUGGUAGCAGGUCCAAACAUGAGUUGUUCAGAGUUUGGGAAUGAACAGAAAUGUAAAUAUAAAGCUACAGCAAUAGUAUAAAUCUGUGUUUAUAUUGUGAUAUAUGAAGAAGUCAAUAUUAAAAAGAAAAACUCUAAGUGAACUGUAAUAAACUGCUUUUAUUUCUAUAUUUUUUGUAUAAGAAGCUUUUAGUUUUGGGAGAAUAACUUGCACUGACACAGAGGGGAAGAACCUUUAAUCCUCUCCUUCACAUACAAUCCCCAAAUCCAUACACAACCACUCUGUGCCCUGUUUUUUUUACAAUGACCUCCAUGUGGUUUUUUUAACAAUGUCAGUGUUGUUUCUCACUGAUGGGCAGAGCUCUGUUUCUUUCUGGAGCAACAGAAGAAUCAGAUGAAUCCUCCUGGAAAAGAUCUGACAAUAGAAACCAAAUAAAGCACCAGACUGCAGCACUGA